AACGCGCAAGAGGAGGUUUGUCUCUUGCCGGCUUCCGUACCUUCAGCAGGAAGUUGCCAAAGUUUCAUUCAUUCAUUGUGUGUAGUUCGUGUUUGUAGUUUGUAGCUUCAUUUCAAAAUGCGCAGAAGAACUGAAGCUCCGGCGUCAAACAGUGAGCCUGUCGGCGCUGACAGAAAGGGUCCGGAUCAAAGACUGCACAGCCAGGGUGGAGGCAGAGCGUCUUGCAGAUCUGUGCUCACAAACAUUGGGAAGUGUUUACUCUUAAUCAUCAUCAUCCCUCCUUUCCUCAACUAUGCAUCGCUGCAGAGAGAAGGACAGAUGCUCCUGCCUAAAGAUGGCCAGAUUGUCGACGUUGGUUUGGGUCAAAAGAUGCAUCUUUUGUGUAAAGGACACGGAAGACCAGUUGUAAUACUGGAUGCACCAACUGGAAUGUCUUCAGACGUAUGGUUACAUGUCCAAGAGAGUGUGUCCACACUAACAAAGGUCUGCACCUAUGACAGAAUGGGACUUGGUUUCAGCAAGCGGCUGAUGCAGAAUGAAACCACAGGAACUGAGAAAGUUUGGGGAAUGUCAACAGCUGGACGGAUGGUAGAUGAUCUGCACCGACUCCUGCAGGCUGCUGGGAUAGCCAAGCCCUUCAUCCUGGUGGGCUCUGAGCUCGGUGCGCUCAAUGGCAGGUUUUACAGUCACAUUCAUGAUGUGCAAGUGUCAGACCUGGUGCUGAUUGAUCCCGUCCCAGAGGACGUUUUUGAGGAGGACCAAUGGAAAGAGUACUGGUAUGGUAAGCUGUUGCCCUCACUCCAAGCCAAGCAGUUUUCAGCAGCUACAGGGCUGAGCCGCAUGCUGAUUAUCCUCGGGGCAAUUGAACCGACUAUUAAAGGCGAAAAUGUCUCAGAGGAGGUCAUCCAGCGACAGAAAUACUUACUAAGUAACCCGGCCCACCAGAGCAGUGCUGUGGACGAGCAUUACUUUUUCAAUGAAAGUGCGGCACAAGUAAGGGACAUCACAAAGUUUAAGCCCCUCUCCAGCAGGACGUCUGUGAGCGUGAUCACCGGGGAUUCUUUUGACGAGGAAAUACCAGAACACCUAAACCAGAUGGUAGCUAAGCUUCAAAAGAAGUUUCUGAAGGAGUCCUACCCAUCAGCCAAUCACAUUCACAUAAAAGGAGCAGACCGGCGAAUGAUCUACAAGAAGCCAUCUGCCAUCAGCCAGCACCUGAGGAAGCUAGUCAACCGACGACAAGCCAAACAGCAGAGCGAGUGACCCAUGGCCAACAUGUAACAAUACCCCAGACAUGGGCAGGGUAAUCUUUGAAUAUGUUUUAAAUAUUCAAUAAAAUAUUCAAGUUAUCUUUUUACCUCUCCCUGCAGCAAUCUGUAGAGAUUGUGUACAUGUCUUGCAAGGUUCAUCAAGAAGUCAAUUUUUGAACAGAUUUUUCGCACUGCUCUGCUUCAUUCGAAGCAUUUUAAUUGAAAAUAACUGGAGGGUAUUCAGUUUGAUGAAAUAUUUGCUGUCUUUAAGAUUCAGAAAAUCUUAUCUUUCAAGUUGUUAUUUCAGUCUCUUUACCUGAUUGGCCGGCGCUAAAAAUUAAUACAGUACUCCUUAUCAAUGUAAAGGCCACACACAUGUCAUUGCUCAACCUUUUUAUCUCCGUCAGUCCUGUCUUAAUAUUCUCCCAUGUUAUAGCCACAGGAAAUGGUACACUGGCUUCCUCUGACUCUGUCGCAUCAGCUUCAGUCAUUCGUCACCUGCAUAUAAUUAAGUUACAUCACAACCAGGCACAGACGUCUAUUUUUGGACAUGCACUGAUUUGAUUUGUUUUAUAAUUUGCAAACAGACGAGUCUAGCCUGCAAAGCUUUUUGUGAAUAACAUCUUUAUGUACUUUUGCAUCUAUUUUGAACUGUAUUGUGCUUAUUUAUGUUAUGUUUACAGUCAUGUGAAAGAAAGACCACACAGCAUUGGUUUAUCCUGAGGAUUUAAGUUUAAUUAUGACACCACAUCAAAAUAAAAAUUUCCAACAGA